GUGCCCAACCGCCCGGCGCCCUGGCCAGGGGCUGUGCGAGCGCGGAAUCUGCGGCUGGACGCCAAGAUGCCUGGUGAACAGCAGACGGAGGAAGAGGAAGAGGAAGAAAUGCAAGAGGAGAUGGUGCUGCUGGUGAAGGGUGAGGAAGAUGAGGGUGAGGAGAAGUAUGAGGUGGUGAAACUCAAGAUCCCCAUGGACAACAAGGAGGUCCGGACGAGCGAGGCGCCCGCGCCGUCGGCCGACCCGGCGCGCCCACACGCGUGCCCGGACUGCGGCCGCGCCUUCGCGCGCCGUUCCACGCUGGCCAAGCACGCACGCACGCACACGGGCGAGCGGCCCUUCGCGUGCACAGAGUGCGGCCGGCGCUUCUCGCAGAAGUCCGCGCUGACCAAACACGGCCGCACGCACACGGGCGAGCGGCCCUACGAGUGCCCCGAGUGCGACAAGCGCUUUUCGGCUGCCUCGAACCUGCGGCAGCACCGGCGGCGCCACACGGGCGAGAAGCCGUACGCAUGCGCGCACUGCGGCCGCCGCUUCGCGCAGAGCUCCAACUACGCACAGCACCUGCGCGUGCACACGGGCGAGAAGCCGUACGCGUGCCCGGACUGCGGACGCGCCUUCGGCGGCAGCUCGUGCCUGGCGCGCCACCGACGCACGCACACGGGCGAGAGGCCGUACGCAUGCGCCGACUGCGGCACGCGCUUCGCGCAGAGUUCCGCGCUGGCCAAGCACCGCCGCGUGCACACGGGCGAGAAACCGCACCGCUGCGCCGUGUGCGGCCGCCGCUUCGGCCACCGCUCCAACCUGGCGGAGCAUGCGCGCACGCAUACGGGCGAGCGGCCCUACCCGUGCGCGGAGUGCGGCCGGCGCUUCCGUCUCAGUUCGCACUUCAUCCGCCACCGUCGCGCGCACAUGCGGCGCCGUCUCUAUAUCUGCGCUCGCUGCGGCCGGGACUUCAAGCUUCCCCCUGGCGCCACGGCCGCCACGGCCACCGAGCGCUGCCCAGAGUGCGAGGGCAGCUGAGCCGCCGUUCUUGUCGCCGCAGGGCUGCGAGCAUCCGGCUUGGGGAAGGGGGCGGACAUGCGGGGACCCCUACCUGGGGCUGCAUUAAGCAGGACGUCCCCAGCUCACCACCCAGGGGCUGGGAAAGGGUGGGAUGGCAGGCCUGGCUGCCUGGCAACUGGGAGGCAGGGAGAAUCCCCUCACUGGGACCCCUGGAAACAGUGCCCACUCCCCGCUCACUACAACCCUUUGACUCUUGUUAGUGAAUAAAGUAUUAUAUCCUUG